ACUUUCCGGUGGCGCCACAAAACUCAAUUAAACCCAAUCCCAAAAAUCUACGGCCAAAAAAUCUCCACAAACGCCAUCCAAUCAUGCUCUUCUUCCCCCUCACGGCUCACGUGACUCUCGCUGUCUGAUCUCCGGCGACCGGAUUCCAUGGACUUCUCGCUCCUCUCGCUGCCUGCCAAGCCGUCCGCAGCCUGGGGCUGCGGCCGCCGCGGCGGUUUCGCCGGCGGUUUUGUUUUGCCGGGGGAGGCGCCGACGACGACGCGGAGGAGGAGGAAGAAAGAGUGUGCGGCGGUGAGAGCGGAGAGGACUCGCGGCGAGGCGGUCGAGGGCGGGGAUAGGGAGGGCGGCGGCGGCGGAGGGUAUGCGACGCCGUCGCCGUCGCCGGCGAUGGAGGUUACGACAUUUAAUCAGGGUUUCAGUGAUGCCUCUGAGUUUCCGAUGUGGGAGAAGAUCGGAGCUAUUGUUAGACUCGGCUAUGGGAUUGGAAUAUACGGCGCAAUGGCUCUAGCGGGAAGAUUUAUAUGCUCGAUUUCUGGGAUUGAUUGCUACGGCGGAUUCGAUCUAUCGUUGGAUGCUAUUGUUAAUGGAUUGGGAUACGCAGCUCCUCCGAUCAUGGCUCUUCUCUUUAUACUAGAUGAUGAAGUUGUGAAGCUAUCUCCUUACGCUCGAGCUAUCCGCGACGUCGAGGAUGAGGAGCUCCGGAGCUUUUUCUAUGGAAUGUCGCCGUGGCAGUUUAUGCUCAUCGUUGCUGCGAGUUCUGUCGGAGAGGAGCUCUUUUACCGUGCUGCAAUUCAGGGCGCGGUUGCAGAGAUUUUUCUUCGAAGCAGUGGUUUAGUUGGCGAUUUGCAAGGAAUGGCGUCGCUGGCUGGCAUGCUGCCUCCCUUUGUCCCAUUUGCGCAGGCAUUUGCCGCGGUUAUUACAGCUGCUCUUACUGGUUCGCUUUAUUACAUGGCUGCCUCGCCGAAAGACCCUACUUAUGUAGUCGCUCCGGUGCUGAAGUCGCGCUCCGGCCAUGAAGAUCUGAAGAAGCUCUUUUCAGCCUGGUACGAAAGACGGCAAAUGAAGAAGAUAUAUUCCCCUUUGCUCGAGGCCCUUUUGGCGCUCUAUCUCGGGUUCGAAUGGAUUCAGACAAAGAACAUUCUUGCGCCAAUCAUCACACACGGCAUAUAUUCCUCGGUGGUUCUUGGCCACGGUCUUUGGAAAAUACACGACCACCAAAGGAGACUGCGCCGGCGAGUUCUAAAGUUGAAGGUAGAGAGCAAAGUUUCGAGAAAAUUAUGAGAUCAUUUACACGGCAAAUAUCGAUCAAAGGCAAACCUUUGUGAAACAAUCUUAUCGACUUUCUUAUACUUUAAAUAGAAGCUCGGAGUAUUUGCACGGUGCUGACCCGAAUUUAGAACGGAAAAGAAACACACCCUUAGGGUCUUUUGAAUCGCAUAGUUUGCAAAAUUAUCGAUCUUGUUUGUAUAUAAUGUAUAAAGUGAAUUUUGAUGAUUGGGGAAAUAAAGUUUGUUUACUUGGGUUUAUUAGCUUAA